AUGGCUGCAAAACGAUUUGCAGCAUGUUUUCUUAGGCUGGUUUUGAUCUCCCUACUAGUUGCUUAUUCAUUUUCUUUACCACUAAACUGGAGAUCUUUGAAUUUAAUCAAAAAAGUAAACCGCAAAGGACCAUACAUUGGCCUUAUCACAGUGUUUCCACCAGAAGAGACUGCCUUUUUUCAGAUUGGGGCGUUUAAGCCUAAUCAAAAGCAUCCUUCUGUGGAUCUCUCAGGGCGGCGAUUCCUGGUGGGAAAGAUCCAUGACAAGAAAGUAGUCUAUGUGAGAUGUGGAGUUGGGAUGGUGAGCCAUGCUACUUCCCUGCACUUCCACCAGUUAGUCCCUUGCCAUGGCAAGGGGAGCCCUAGGGCAGGUACUAUUAACGUGAAUAGUGGCUGCCCUAUCCUCCCUUAG